AUGGGCGUCCGCCAUUCGAAGGCAGCGCCUCAGGAGGUCGAGUCCGCCCUUGCCAGGCAUCUCAGAGGCGAGAGCGACAAUCGGGCGGUGAACGGUGCAAACGAGGACAGUAUUAGUGCGGCUGAUCGACAAUACAUCAACGAUAUCAAAAGGGAUUUCAAUGAAACUCCGGACGUGUUCGUGUUGAAUAACAUGUUAAUGGGCAUUAUGUUUUUCGAGAAUUACGCACAACAAAGGGAAGAUCUGAAAAGGGACUUGUUAAAAAAAUCCGGAAAGUACGUAAUUCCGGACGUGAUACUGGAAAAAGUCGGGCAGAAUGUAAUUUAUCGGCCUCACCACGGCCCUCAAAAGGACAGUUCCGUGCCCUUAGCGGCCAGGAGAGUGUUCGCGUUGAGCGAUGAAGUGAGAGUAGUGGGAUCAAUGGAGGAAGUGGAGGAGGACGAUGAUAGAACUGUUGUUAGAAUAGAAGAAUCUCAAAAAAAAGGUUACGUUCGAUUAAGAUCAAUAAACACCAAUCAACGACCGGACGCCGAAGGCCAAUCGCCGAUCCCACAGCUCAGCCAGCAGGAAUCGAUAUCGAGAAGCUCGGAGGAGUCCUCGGACACCAAUUACUACAAGGAACUGCAGGACCUCAAGACGCCCAAACCCAUCGAGAUCCUGCGCGGCCUGGAGAAACGCGACCGCCUGCUGGACACGUGCCUUUCCUACAGGAAAGUCAAGAAAAUUUCCUGGGACGCCGACGACACGCUCGGCGAGGAUAUACAGGAAAACGAUCUCUAUCAAAUCGUCGCUUACGUCAACACCAAGGGUUUCAAGAAACGGUACAAAAACGACGUGUUCAUGAACGAAGUGGCCGCGGAUUUGGAUUUCGGACGCGUCGGAAACGUAAACGUGACGAACGAGAAGAUAUUCUGCACAGUGGAGGAAUCCUCCAGGACCGUCCCGUACGAGAUAAUGCCCUGCAUAAAAGCGAACUGGCCCGUCGAGCAAACGCUGAAAUUCAUAAUGAAAGGCAAGCGAACGGCCGAACCCCGAAAACGCUACGUUUUCCCGACGAACAAAAUGAUAGACGACAUACAAUCGAUGGAGUGCGUGCUGCUGCCCAAAGGCCACUUGAAAAAGAAAGGCGACAAGAAAGAUUUCGACAUCGAAUGGGAGCUGUGCUUCCCGCAGGCGCAGCGAUACUUGGAAACCUUCAUGUCCCACGCGCAAAUCAAAUGCAUGCUCGUCCUACUCACGCUCCACAAGAUGUACGUGGAGCCCAAGACCACGUUUCUUGGACUACAAACCGACCACAUCAGGAAUUUCAUGCUGUGGGAAUGCGAAUCCAACUACGCCGACUGGCCGGAGCACCGGCUCGGCACGAAACUCCUGCAACUCAUCCGAAACCUCAACGACCACCUGUCGAAAGCCCGCCCCAAGAUCUCCGACUUCUUCGUCAACGACAAAAACACCUUGGGCGACGUCUCCAUACCGAAGAUCCGCAAGGCGCAGGAGGCGUUCGACGAGAUCCUGCAAUCGCCGCUGAUGCACCUGAUGCGCGCGCUCCGCAGCCUCCGGUACGCCAGCGGCAGGACGUUCUUCCAGCCGUUCAAGUUCAAGGAGCUGCACCGGAUCCUCACCGGCAGCGCCCUGGCCGCCACCAACGCGCAAAUGGUCAAUCCCCGGCGGCUCCGCGGGCCCGAGCCCGAGAGCAAUUACUUCGAGCAGUUCAAAGACGGCAAGAAGAGGCAGGCGAUAUUCAAGCAACGGCAGGAAGAGGAGCGGAAGAAGGCGGAGAAGAAGAUCAACGACGAAAGGCGCGGAUCCGUCGAUUCUAUCGACUUAAAUUGGGACUUCGGGAAGACCUUGGACAUUUACAAGAGGCGAUUAAUAUUGAUGUUCUUCAUCGAAACGUUCUUGGAAAUAGCCGAAAAAUGCCUGCCGGUAUCGUCGAAAACCGCGACUUUCUACAUCAAACAAGCCUUCUACUUGACGAGGAUCUUGAAAGACGAAAGCCCGUCGUUCGCUCAAGACGUCCUCAAGUACUUGGGGGACAUCGAGGAAUUGCAAGGCCGGCUCGGCGAAAUGGAGACGAAUCGAAAAUUAGCGAACGGUACGCUGACGAACGUUAAAUUCAUCGAAGAGGUGCGUAAAACCAACGGAAAAACGGAAUUUGAGAAGAAAAAGGCGCCCAGGAAGAGUGUGAUGUUUGUGGAAGAUCACCGAGAAUAAGAUU